GCCCACGUCCCUCCUUCGCGUUCUCUUCCACGUGCGUCGUCACGAAAACCGUUGGUCCCGGUCGGAAGUCGCUCACUCGGCGGUGUCGGCCUGAAGGAACAGCGGGGUCGUUUUCUGGCUCGUUUUUUAACGUUUAACGGCACUUUUAACCAACCAGGGUAAGCCAUGCCGUCAGUUCCCUCAUCCAAAGAGGCGCCCGCCAAAGGCUCUGUGUGCCCCCACGCUGCCAAGCUGCUCAACCACACCAACGGCGACGCCAAAGUCCGAGAGGGUUCGUCGUUCCCGCUGAACGGGCUUGACAAGCUGCCUGCGAUGGAGGACGCCGACGAGGGCAACAGAACCAUUCAGAUCAACAGAAAGAGCACCAGUCCUGACAGGAAAUGGAUUCGGCCUGACCUUCCCAGCCGCUGCAAAUGGAGCCUGGAAGCCUCGAAAUCUGACUCCCCUCACUCGCAGAUUCCAAGAACCGCCGCUCCGACCAUUCUUCCAAACAUCCUGCACAGGAUCGGCGACACUCCCCUGGUGCGCAUCAACAAGAUACCCAAAGUGUUUGGACUCAAAUGUGAAAUACUGGCCAAGUGUGAGUUCUUCAAUGCCGGCGGCAGUGUCAAGGACAGGAUCAGCCUGCGGAUGGUGGAGGACGCCGAGAGAGACGGCAUCCUCAAACCUGGCGACACGAUCAUCGAGCCCACCUCUGGAAACACCGGUAUUGGUUUGGCUCUGGCUGCAGCUGUGAAAGGUUACCGCUGCAUCAUCGUCAUGCCUGAGAAAAUGAGCAUGGAGAAGGUGGACGUCUUGAGAGCCCUCGGAGCCGAGAUCGUCCGCACGCCCACCAGCGCUCGCUUCGACUCGCCGGAGUCUCACGUGGGCGUCGCCUGGCGCCUUAAAAACGAGAUCCCCAACUCUCACAUCCUGGACCAGUACCGUAACCCGAGCAACCCCCUGGCUCACUACGACACCACCGCUGAAGAGAUCCUGGAGCAGUGCGAUGGUAAGGUGGACAUGCUGGUGGCGGGCGCAGGCACAGGCGGGACGAUCACAGGCAUCGCCCGCAAACUGAAGGAAAGAUGCCCCAACAUCAAAAUCGUUGGCGUUGACCCAGAAGGCUCCAUCUUAGCUGAGCCCGAUGAGCUUAACAAGACCGAUAAGACCCAGUACGAGGUGGAGGGCAUCGGGUACGACUUCAUCCCCACUGUGCUCGACAGAUCAGUAAUCGACACCUGGUACAAGUCGGUCGACGAGGAGUCCUUCAACAUGUCUCGUAUGCUGAUCAGAGAGGAGGGCCUGCUGUGCGGAGGCAGCUCCGGGACGGCCAUGGCGGCGGCGGUGAACGUUGCCAAAGAGCUGAAGGAGGGCCAGCGCUGCGUGGUCAUCCUGCCAGACUCCAUCCGCAACUACAUGUCCAAGUUCCUGAGUGACAAGUGGAUGGUCCAGAAGGGCUUCCUGAGCGAGGAGGACCUCAUGGUGAAAAAACCAUGGUGGUGGAACCUGAGGCUGCAGGGUUUGAACCUGUCCGCCCCGCUCACCGUCCUGCCCACCGUCACCUGCCAGAAGACCAUCAAAAUCCUGAAGGAGAAGGGCUUCGACCAGGCGCCCGUGGUGGAUGAGGCUGGGUUAAUCCUGGGCAUGGUGACUUUAGGCAACAUGUUGGCCUGUAUUCUGGCGGGGAAGAUCAAGCUGUCGGACCCCGUCAGCAAAGUUCUCUACAAGCAGUUCAAACAGAUCCGCCUGACUGAUAAUUUGGGAAAGUUAUCCCGCAUCCUGGAGACUGACCACUUUGCCCUGGUGGUGCAUGAACAGAUCCAAUACUUGACGGACGGCUCUCCGAGCCUGAAGCAGAUGGUUUUCGGGGUGGUGACGGCCGUCGACCUGCUCAACUUCGUCACGGUUCGGGAGAGGAGAGAGCGGUCCAUGUCGGAGUCCACCGACGAGCUGAACUAAAGCACACACUCGCACAUUUCUUUACAGCUACAUAACAAACGCAAUAACGAGUUUAGCAGACGGAAACGGAAUCAUGUGACGGUUUUGAUUAUAGGUUAGCUUUUUUUUCUUUUCUUUUUUUCAUGGAUUCAUUUUUUAUGUUUGAAAUUGAGUCUUAAGGAAGUAAAAUGUGUCAACUUGUGAGAGGGUUUAUUAUUAAAACGGUUGAUUAUCACUUAUAUUUGCUUGUAGUGCCGAAGGCAAAUUUUUAUUUUAAGUUUAUAACUUGGAAGCUUCUUUUUUUUUUUCUUUUUUCUUUGUACGUCUGAGAGGCGCCUUUGUGUUGCUACUUUAUUAGUCUGAGAAUUUCACGAUCAUUUGACUGCAGCCUUUAAUCAAACAUCAGAUAUAAGACACAGAACAGUGCAGACUUGAGCUCAUUUAUCAAUAUUUGACAAGUAGAGUUGCUGUAUAUAAGCAUAUUAUUAUUUCGAGUGCUCUGAACUGUGCUGCUCUUUCAUUUGUGUAUAUGUACACAUAGAACAAAUACUAUGGGACUGUAAUCAAUCACGCGCUGUUCUUUCGCUCCUUUCAACACAGUGCCUACGAUGUAACUGUAAAGUUGUCUUGACUAUUUAAUUUUAGUUGUCUGAGUUAAAAAAAUAAGUUUUGUAUGGCAUCAUAUUUUCUUUAAUGAAUGUGUAUGAUUUAAAUAAAGCUUAAAUGAAGUGAC